ACACUUCUUGUUUCUUCAUAUCCAUCGUCCCUUUCCAUUCCAAUUCCCUCACUAAUUUUCUCAUUGUUUAAUUUUUAUCAUCCAUGGCUAGUCAACUCCCACGUCCAUGGUUCCGUUUGGGCUCGAUGACUCGACCAACCACCGCUCCAAACCCGGAACAAUCUCGUCCAGUCCCAGCUCGAGUUCGACCACCCAUAAUCCGCCCCGCCGCCUUGACAGACCCGGCAGAACCCACCACCCCACAACGCUCAAAAUCCCCCCCUCCCUUCUCUCGCCCUGCCUCAUUAACUCCUCCCGUGAAAAGCUCACCAUCGCCACUGCGUGCUCUUCCGUCGCCAUCAACCGGACAGGGUGGUGGGACUGCAAUGGCGUCCCCAGCCGUGAUUCCUAGUAGCCCGAAGGAAAAAAGUUCUUCAGUUGUAGGGUCUCCAAAGGGAAGAAGUACUUCUUCGGUUGUAGGGUCUCCAAAGGGAAGAAGUACUUCUUCGGUUGUAGGGUCUCCGAAGACGAUUAAUAGUAAACAGCCAAGUCCGUUUCCGUCUCCUUCGAUUCCGAAGUCAAUACCGUCGGUUCCAACACCUUAUCAGUCUCCGAAACCGAAAACCUUUGUUUCUCCACCGUCACCACUGGUUUUACCGCCGCCGCAGUUGCAGUCUGUUGCUGAGACCAAAGAUGAGACUAUUCCUCAAGAGGUUAGUGUAGAACGAAAGACGGUUGUAUUCCAAAAAGUGAUGGACAAGCCUUCACAAGCGGAAGAACAUCAUCUCCAGAAUAUCACAAAUUACCGUACUCAUACUUCUGAAUUUGACAAAAAUGGGAAGCAAGAAUCAAACAAAGGUGAUGAUGGGGAUCGUGAUGAGAAAGAAACUAGCAGCAAAAAGAAAGGAGCAACAAUUGGAGGUAAUAAUAAUUAUAAAAGAACAGCAUUUGAUCACGAUAACAACACAAGAGUUAUAACAAUGGCUGGUGAAAACAAAGGAGCUUUCAUGGAAAUAAAUCUAUCAUCAGAAAAAAACAACAGCCGUCAUCAACAGCAACAACAAAUUCAAGACAACAACACUGUUGUUAGUGUUAAAGACAGUAACAAAAGUAUAAACAAAACUAAGGGGAUUAAGACUCGAAAUGUUUUGCCUAUGAGAGCCUUUUUUAACAGCAAUGUUCAAGGGAUAAACAAUUCUAUUCUUAUGGACUCCAAAUUUAGUCACCAUGAUCCUGGAAUUCAUCUUGUUUUUUCAUCCCUCCCAACAUCUCCUGAUGACGAAGAUGAUCAACAACACCAAUGAACAACAACUUCUUUGCUUUUAUAUUCAUAAAUUUAUGUCUCUUAUAAGUUAAUUAUGUGUCGUUUUUUUAAAAAAAUUAUAUAUAUUUGCUAUUGCUUUGAGAGAAUAACAUAUAUGCGAGGUAAUUGAUAGAUAUGAUUCAGCCUAGAGAUUGAGAGUUUGUUCUUGUUUGUUAAUUAUUGUUUAGUUUAAUGCAUUUAAUAAAUGGGCUGACAUUUCUAUUUAA